AUGACGGAUAUCGGUUAUGAUGAUGGAAGAACGAAUGCGAAGAAAUUACUCAGAAAACGAAUGCAGUUAUUAAAAGAAACAAAUAGGUUAAGAAGAGCCAAUGAAUUUCCUCCCGUUUAUCCAAAUGGAUGGAUACCGUUGUUAGAAUCCAGAGACUUACCUGUUGGGAAGUGCAAGCCUGUUACUGCUCUAGGUCAGCAGUUCGUUAUAUUUCGUGGAAAAACAGGCAAAUGCUUCGUUUUAGACGCUUUUUGUCCACAUUUGGGCGCUCAUUUAGGAACUGAUGGCAAAGUUCACGAGGAUUGCAUCGAAUGUCCUUUUCACGGAUGGCGAUUUGCUGGACAGGAUGGUUCUUGCGUGAAAAUACCUUACGCCGAAAAAAUUCCAGAGGUGGCUAAAAUAAAAAGUUGGGAAACCUUAGAGCAAAAUGGAUUUAUUUACCUGUGGCAUCAUGCAGAAGGCCAACCUGCUCUGUGGAAACCUUCAGUUAUACCAGAAGUACAGAAUCGACUAAUGCGGUAUAGAGGUCGUAGUGAGCACAUUGUAAAUUGCCAUAUUCAGGAAGUCGCAGAAAACGGAGCAGAUUUCAUUCAUUUAAAUUACCUUCACAAAUUUAAUGUUACGUCUAGUACUAUUCCGCAUCCAGAAAAUUGGUGGAGAUUUCUUCAGUUUACAACCAAAAUAACCUGCCUUCCAGUAUCUGAAAAAACUUAUUACUGUAUCAAAUUUAAAGGCAAUACUACUCUUAAAUUGUUCGGAAUAUCUAUACUAAACAUAUCAUUUGAAAUUCAAGAGAUUGAACAAGACAUUCGCAUAUGGAAUUACAAAAUGUAUUUGAAGAAUCCAAUUUACAUGUCAGAAGACAAGACAAUUGCCAAAUUUAGGAAAUGGUACUCUCAGUUUUACAGCGAAAACAGCCCGAGAUUUGAAGAACAAGGUCUUAAUUGGUAAUUGGAAGUAAUUUUAUACUUUAUACAGCUUUUGAUCGAAAUU